GUUGGCUAUAUAGAAGGCCGGAAAUUGCCUGUAGAAAAUACUUUCCACUGUAGUUAAAUUCAUUUAUAAUUAGAUUUCUUUUCUCAGCCUAUUGUCAUCAGUAUUUUUCUAUUUAGUGAGUGAUAGCAAAGCAGUCGGUGCAUUUUGUAACAAUAACAAAGAUGCUUAGAUAAUGGUUGACUUGAAUAUAAUGAAAGAGCCUGCAAGACAUGCAUAGAACGCAGUUAAUUACAUUUCUAUGGCGCGAGCAUUCAAAGUUCAACAAGUAUUUCAGGAAUUGCAAAAUUAUAACUAAUAUAAUGAAAGUUGAGAAUAAAGAAUGAAAACAUUGUGAAUCCUGCCAUUGGCUGUGGUGGUUGCUAAGGAGUAUGUUUCUCCGUUGCUGCGUCGAAUAGGCACGGAAACAUCAGUGGUCACUGAUCAACGCAUCUAUAUCAGGACCGAAUAUGGCAGCCGGUUGCAUUGUGGUGCCUCUCAUCAUACCGAUUCGAAUCCCCCCUCCUGGUAAAGCCAAGCAUGAGAUAGACACCACAACUCCUGUUGAGCUCAAAUCAGAUACCCCAGAUGUCACUAUCUACUACACUCUGGAUGGUACUAAACCAGAGGUGACGAAGAGACCAGGGUUUGGAGAGAACAGCACUUUGAAGUAUAGCGGACCAAUACGCUUACCUGAGGGCAAAGUGUCAGUCAAAGCUCUGGCUAUCACCAGGGAUGGUCGAGAGAGUGCCAUUGUCACCAAACUAUUUCUGGUGGAGUAUAUGCCCUCAAACGAGCCACCUUCCAUUGAGGACAAGGAAGAUCACUUUCUGAAGGAGUAUGAACGAGACCUCCCUAGACAGGAGAUGGGGACAGCGAACGGUUCUGGAGAUGCCUCACUGAAACUUCAAGUGCCAAAGACCUACCGGCCCCCUAAAGGUCCACGGUUCCUCAGCAGCCGUCUAGGGCUUGUGUCCCCUGCUCCGGAGCCCAUGUCUUCACAUCGUUCUCAGACACUGAAUGCAAGCUUGGAAGACAGUCCCUUCAAAAACCUAACCAGCACUCAAAUGUCAAGGAUCCAAAGGGAGACAGACUUUCUGAGGUGUGCGAAGUGCUUGAGCCAUCGCCCCUCAGACCCCUUUGCCCGCUUUUGUCUGCAGUGUGGCACCGCUGUGCUGCCUGUGCCAGGCCAGAGGCUGCCACCCACAGAGGGUGGACAGAUGGGCUUGUGUGUCCACUGUAAAACAAUGGUGCCUGUCAACACCCCCACAUGUGUGGUAUGUGAGGCCCCCAUGAGCCCCCAGCUCCAGCCUCAGGCCAGCUUAAGACUCCAGAACAAGGUGAUCUGUCUGUCAUGUGGAACUGGAAACCCUCCGCAUAUCUCAAAUUGUGUCACCUGUGAAACUAAACUACUGCAGCCACCCACUGCUGAUUUGGGUGGUCAGAGUGCCCCGCCACUUCCAUCUGGAGCAGGCAAGAGGAUGUCCUGUUCUAAGUGCAGCCGGGUCAACCACUCGGAUGCGCGCUUCUGUGACUGGUGCGGUUCCAAGCCUGGCCAUUCAGUCAGCUGUUUGAUCUGCUCCCGGUGCGGAGCGAGCAGCCACCCCUAUGCCAACUUCUGUGGCUCCUGUGGGGUGUUUCUGGAGGGGCCACCUAGGGGGAAGUCACGUGCCAGCCUUGCCUGUUCCAUGGGGGGGAAACUGGAGUUGGAGAGAAUGUCCACUCACACCUCUGACGGUGCCACUGCCAACUGGCAGGCUGUGCCCUCCUCCGUUUCCCCCGGUGUGGCGUUGGCCCCGGCACCAGCACGGGCGGACCAGCAGACUCAGACGGUGGGCUUGUUCUACCCGUCGGGCACUGAAGUCCACAGGAAGGGCCAGCAGGUGGCGCUGGAGCUGAGGAGACAGGAGCAGAUGAGGGACCGCAGACCACUGCUCACAGCUAUAAGCCCAGGCAGAGGGUACUGGAGGAAGCAGCUGGACCAUGUGUGUGCUCACCUGCGCAGCUACACUCAGAACAACACUGAGUUUCGAGCUCUCAUAGGGGAGCCUCGCAUGGGCCGGAUGGUUUCAGCUGUGAUCCAGGAGGACAACUAUGAAGUCAGUUUGAGGAUCAACUUUGUCUCCGCUGGACUUGAAAAAACUAAGUCCUGUCAGGUAGACGGGACUGAGAAGCCCCUUAUCCUAUCAGAGAACCAGAACCUCAGCAGUGUGACGGAAGGCAUGAGCGGCCUAUCAGCCAGACAGACCAGCCUGGGUGAGAAAGGGAGUGAGAACGCUACCUCAAAGUCUGCAGCUUCCAGGAGAACAGUGAAAAACCUCAGUCAGAGCUGGACCUCUGACGUUGCACAGAAACCGCCUCCAUCCAAAGACAGUCUGCUUCUGAGGGAAGUUGGUCCAGACGGGAGGGGGGAGAUCUCUGUGGUCCAGCAACUGCUUGAUGAGGGUGCAGAUCCCUCAUGCCAGGGGUGCGACGGACACCCUGCCCUGGUUGUUGCUGUGCUGCACGAGCACCACGAGGUCCUCCCUGUGCUGGUACAAAGGGGAGCUGACGUCAACCGGCAGUCUGGGCCGGUGAACAACACCGCUCUGCAUGAGGCUGCUGCUCUUGGGAGUAAGGGCUUACAGUGUGCAGAGACACUAUUAGGAUGCAACGCCAGCAUUCGGAAGAAGAACGACAGAGGUCUGACGGCCUAUGACUUGGCUGUCACUUCAGAUUGCAGCCCUUUGGUGUCUCUACUGGCUGCUAAGAUGGGUCAGGGCAUGCUAGAAAGACUGGUCAAACCUAGGACUCACCCAAGCCUAGAUGCAUUCUGAUGAGAGAGAAUUGUGUGCGGCCCCCAAAUGGCACCCUAAACUUCACUGCUAUGGGCCCUGCUCAACAGUGCACUAAAUAGGCAACAGGGUCCCAUUUGGGAAGCAACCUUUUCUCCAUGGUGGCCUUAUUUUCUGAAUUGACCAUUCAUCAAUUAUCUUGAAUCUCUGUUAAUCAAUUAUAAUUUCCAGAAAUUGGAUUGAUAAGGAAUUUAUCCCAACCUUAUGUACUGUAGUGCUACAAACAUCUACAACCGUUUGAGGAAAAACACCAAUUUCUUGUAAAUUGCUAAUACUAACAAAACAAUCGAACCAAUGCCUUCACCGACAGAUUUGUUGUUUUGGCUCUGUACUCCAGCGCUUUGCAAUAACUUAUGUUUAAGUGAAGACAGUUUGCUUUAAUUUUAGGGUAUUUUCAUCCAUAGAAAUUACAUCACUUUUUGUAAAUAGUCCCCUCAGUUUAAGGAACCAAAAGUAUUUGGACAAAUACACUUAAUCAGAAAGUAUUCAUACCUGUUGACUUAUUCCAAUUUUUGUUGUUACACUCAGAAUUUAAAAUAGAUUACAUAUUUCUCUUACCCAUCUAUAAACAAUACCUCAAUUACAAAGUGAAAACAUGUUUUUAGAAAUGGUUUAUUGAAAAAUAUACACAGAAGUAUCUCAUUUACAUAACUAUUCACACCCAUUCAGGAACAUUCACUAUCUUCUUGGUAAGCAACUCCAGUGUAGAUUCGGACUUGUGUUUUAGGUUAUUGUCCUGCUGAAAGAUAAAUUCAUGUCCCAGUGUCUAGUGUAAAGCAGACUGAACCAAGUUUUCCUCUAGGAUUUUACCUGUGCUUAGCUUCAUUCCAUUUUUUAUUUAACUUGAAAAUCCCCAGUCCGUAAUGAUAACAAGCAUACCCAUAACAUGAUGCAGCCACCACUAUGCUUAAAAAUAUGGAGAGUGGUACUCAGUCACGUGUUGUAUUUGCCCCAAACAUAAUACUUUGUAUUCAGAACAAAAAAUGUAUUGCUUUGCCACAUUUUUUGCUGUAUACUUUUUUUAUUCUGUACAGGCAUCCUUUUCACUCUAGAAAUUACAGUACUUUUACUCCGUAAUACUAACAUAAUUGACAAACAGUUCACCCGAUAUGGAUGACAAUACCCUCAAAUUAAAGCUGACAGUGUACACUUUAACCUCAUAGUCAUUGUAUCAUUUCAAAUCCAAAGUGCUGGAAUACAGAACCAAAACAUUUGUCACUGUCCAAAUACUUUUGGAUCUCACUGUACAGUAUAUUCCAGCAAGCAAAUAAAGACAGAAUUCAGAA